AAACGACAGACUGAGAGUAAAGCGGCGAUAACAGAGAAGAAUCACACAAGAAAGAGAAGAAUACAAGAAGACGGUGAGCUCUAAUAACAUGAUGCCUGCAGCCAAAGGCAUGUCCCACGUGAUACCCAACCACGUCCUGAGAGUGGGUCAGACCAUCCGCCUGGACCCGGCGCCGGACUCGGGGGUCGGCCAGCACCCCGGCCUCGCCAAGCCCAGCGGUCACCACGACGACGCCGAUCUCGAAAUCUCCCUGGAAAACCUCAACCAGCUCAUCAUGGAUCUGGAUCCGACGUUCGAGCCCAUCCAGGUCAACAAAAGCCCCUCGUGCAUCAGCCCCCCCACAGACACCUCGUCCUCAGACGAAGAUACCUCCCCCUGCAGGCUGGUUUCCAGAGGAUGUCCUCCCAGUUCACCACUGGUUCUCAGAGGAUGUCCUCCCAGUUCACCACUGGUGCUCAGAGGAUGUCCUCCCAGUUCACCGCUGCUUUCCAGAGGAUGCUCUCCCAGUUCCUCGCCCACAGUGGUCCCAUCAGUGUCGCCCAGUAUACCCAUCCCCUCAAACAGCAGCAUCAGCUGCAGCCCUCACGGCUCGCUGGUGUUCUCCAGCUCCCCGACCUCCUCGCUGCCUCCGCUGCCGUGCGGUAGCGCCCCGAGACGAAACCCGUCCACGAAGCAGGACUGCUCCCUGCGCCUGUCAACCUCCAACAGAAACAGCGUCAUCUCGCUGCUGUCCACGUCCACGUGCUCGGACACCAGCUACAUCCUCGGCAGUAAUCUGUCUCUGGCCGGUGAAGACGCCGACUCUCCAGAGUCCAUCCUCUCUUACACUCCGAGCUCCUUCAGCGACGGCUCGAGGUCGAGGCCGUUCGACAUCUGCACCAGUCCGGACAAACCCCCGCUGACGAGGCGAGGCCACGUGCAGGAGCUCCACGGUAAGGGAGUCCACAGCAGCCCGGCUUCCCUCUCGGGGUCGCUGACCGAUAUCCCCGUGCUGCUGGUCAACGGGGCGCCACAGCCAGACCAGCUCCCAGAAAUCGACCUGAUCCCGACCGUCCCCGCGGCCGACCCGAGGCCCAGCUACUCGGGCUUCCAGGCUUGUUUUAAAGGCAGCCAGCCGUCAAUGAAGUUUGUCAUGGACACUUCGAAGUUCUGGUUCCGCCCACACAUGAGCAGAGCAGAAGCUGAAGCGCUGAUCAAAGAUAAAGAAGCAGGAACGUUUGUGGUGAGAGACAGCACCUCCUACAGGGGCAGCUUCGGUUUGGCCAUGAAGGUGGACCAGUCGCCCACCAGCUCCACUCCUGACGCCUACCCAGGAGAAAGCAGCUCAGAUCUUAUCAGACAUUUCCUGAUUGAAUCAUCAGCGAAGGGCGUUCGCAUCAAGGGCUCUUCUCAGGAACCGUACUUUGGUAGCCUGUCUGCCCUGGUCUACCAGCACACCAUCUCUGCUUACGCUUUGCCCUGCAGAUUGUUGCUCCACUCCCAGGAUCUGGGCACAGCAGACGAGAAGGCAAACGAAAAAGCUGCAUUUGAGGACAAGAACAAAAUAGCCUCUAACUUCAUGUACCUGAACGCCGUCCCGACCGAGACGCUGACGGGCCCGUGUGCGGUCCAGAGGGCCGUGACCUCCACGCUGCAGCAGGCCUCCACCUCGCCCACCAUCGUCAACAUGAAGGUGUCUCUGAAGGGCGUCACGCUCACAGAUAUCAAGAGAAAGCUCUUUUUCAGACGCCAUUAUCCUGCUCACCUGCUCAGCUUCGCCGGCGAGGACCCGGAUAAGAGACUGUGGAUGAAAGGUUCAAGCUUCGCUGCGAGGAUGUUCGGCUUCGUGGCGAAAGGCGUGGAGGCCGGCAUGGAGAACGUUUGCCACGUCUUCGCAGAGUACGACCCCCUGCAGCCCAGCAGCCAAGUCUGCGACGUUAUUCAGGCCGCCGUCGCCAAACCGUAGAUGAACUCUCAGUAAAAUGCCCGACACGGGUUACUGUGUCGGCAGGAACCCACAAACCCUGACGCACAGCUGCCAGACCUGCACUGUGGUCAGAUGUCGAACAUGUGAAGACACACAGAACUGAGCAGCUGUCAAAGGAGAGCAAACCACCAAACAUGUGCUUCGACUUUGUUCUCAGUUCACGACACUCAUCUGACUGAUUAAAACUUUUGCACACAAAACAUAUGAAGAAGUUAGAAAAGAUAAAAGUCGACCGACCCGACGACAGCAGCCGAGACAUCAUUCAGAGCACUUUGUCCUCCAUCGGUUAAUUAACGGGAGCAGAUGGAUUCAGAAGCAGUUCAGGCUGAGCUCCACCUCGACUCCACAUCGACACAUCCAGCGGUUGUGUUUCUGCUCUCGCUUCAGAAACGGACAUAAAACUUCAUCCACUACUGAAAACAACAUGUAACCGGCUUGUAAAAAUGCUGCACCGCUACCAUAUAUAUAUGAAAAGCACUUGUUCAUGUAAAAUGUUGGUGAUUAAACUGUUAGCACCUUACGUUUAGUUUAAGGCACUGGAGAGCGCUCGACUCGUUUUAUAUCUUCACGCACGGCGACUCCCACAUGUGUGUGCAAACCGACGUUCUGAAACACAUUUAUGAGGGAAUCUUGAAGAAAAACACCUGAAACGUCGACUCGUCCGUUCAUUUCAAAGCAGAAAUCUGAAUGUAUUUAUAUCACUGGACUGCUCCUCUGUAUGUUCAACUUGUAUGUUUAUGAUGAGAAAUAAAGAUGUUGACCUGCUGAA